GGGCAGGGGAGGCAGUGCCGCAAAGGCGAAGACGCCAGUCUUCAGAACCCUCGGGAGAGAGUGGGGGAGGACUAGAGACGGCGAGAGGCAGGAGACUAGGGAGGGAACUCAGUCCUCAGUUAUCACCACCUUAAGGCCAACAUAGCGCAGCGCCCCUGGGCCGCACAGCCUGACGGGAGCUUCACUUACCCCGCAAAGGCAGGGCCCGCGCUACGCGACCUCGGCACCACCCCCCACCGCGGGGCACGCCGGGAGCGAGCCGUUUUGGAGGGUAUUUCCGGUGUUAGGACAGUCCUUACGGAAAGGGUGGGGCCGGCCCGGUCCCGCCCCUCACGCCCAGCAGGGGCGGGGUGAAGAGUGACAGCCCCUCGGCCCGCGCUAAGGCCCGCCCCUGCACCGGAAAAAGGAAGGCGGGGGAGUCGAUCCCGAGAAAGGCGCGAGGUCUCCAGGAAAGACAGCUAGCGGCAAGGGAAAAGGGGCGGGCCCGGGUCGGAGAGGCGGGGCGACUCGCCUUCCGCUCGGGUCACGCGCGGCAGGAAGUGCUGCCGGCCGCGGAGUACUCGAAAUGGGGACCUGCCUGGAUAUUAAGAUUAAGAGAGCGAACAAGGUUUAUCACGCCGGGGAAGUCCUCUCGGGCGUGGUGGUCAUAUCUGGCAAGGAUUCAAUCCAGCACCAGGGAGUGUCUCUGACAGUGGAAGGAAGUGUGAACCUCCAGCUCAGCGCCAAGAGCGUGGGUGUGUUCGAAGCUUUCUAUAAUUCUGUUAAGCCUAUCCAGAUUAUCAAUAGCACCAUCGAAAUGGUGAAGCCAGGAAAAUUUCCCAGUGGCAAAACAGAAAUUCCUUUUGAAUUUCCCCUGCACGUGAAGGGCAACAAAGUCCUGUAUGAGACUUACCACGGCGUGUUUGUCAACAUUCAGUACACCCUGCGCUGUGACAUGAGGCGGUCUCUGUUGGCCAAGGACGUGACGAAGACCUGCGAAUUCAUCGUUCACUCCGCUCCUCAGAAGGGGAAGCUGACCCCGAGCCCUGUGGACUUCACUAUCACUCCCGAAACCUUGCAGAACGUCCGAGAGAGAGCCCUGCUCCCCAAGUUUCUCAUCAGGGGCCAUCUCAGCUCAACCAGCUGCGUCAUCACGCAGCCGCUGACGGGCGAGCUGCUGGUCGAGAGCUCGGAGGCCGCCAUCAAGAGCAUAGAGCUGCAGCUGGUCCGCGUGGAGACCUGCGGGUGCGCCGAAGGAUAUGCCCGAGACGCCACGGAGAUUCAGAAUAUUCAGAUCGCCGACGGAGAUGUUUGCCGGAGCCUGUCUGUCCCCAUAUACAUGGUCUUCCCCCGGCUGUUCACCUGCCCUACGCUGGAGACCACCAACUUCAAAGUGGAAUUUGAGGUUAACAUCGUUGUGCUUCUCCACCCCGAUCACCUCAUCACCGAGAACUUUCCGCUGAAGCUGUGCAGGAUGUAGCCCAGGAGCGGGCAGUGUGGACGGCGGGAGCUGCGGGGCGGAAAUGCGGCUGGGGGGCCGACCCAUGGGAGCCGAAGCCCGCAGCUUGUGCUUCCUUUCUCGAUGAAUCUGUGUCAGAAACGGAGCUGACCCCCGACCACAGUCACCGUGAAGCUUCUGCUUCCAGUGCUCGCCUCUCGUCAGACCUCUUCUUUAAGACUCAACAGGACUCCGUUGUUUUUGGCCAGAUCGCUUGGCAGAAAGCAAAACUUCCUGGGACUCCUGACUUAACUGCCCCCUUUUAGAGGCAGUAAAACUACAAACAGCCGUUUGUGCUUGGCCGGAAAGUGGGAUCCCGGAGGCCGAGGAAACCCUCCGCACCGAAGACUCCCCCGCAGCAAAGCAGCUUCGCCGGAUGGUCACGGGCAAGCGGCCGGCUUACGACGUUGGUGGAUUCCGCCCGCGCGGGGCUGCGGGGACGGGGUCUGCGGAUCAUCCGCGCGGGGCCGCAAGGAGGCGUCCUCUAGAACGGUGUAGCAUUUUUUCCCCGACUCUGUUCUGUAGUCCUUUUGUAACAUUUUUCAUAACAACUUCCAAGUUUUGAGGGAACUGGAAUAAAGCGUCCCUUCCUGGCACGGGAGGAAAAAACGUCUGUCUGCACCUGUUGUUGCUGGGUGGGUUCCGAAUGGCAGGAGACCUGUGCCCGGGGCAGUAGGCGAAGACCCCUCUGCGGUGGGUGGUGCUGGGAAAAUGCCCCGGACGUGAUGAACUUGGCCUGCCCCCAAGCCCGUGACGGAGGUGCGUUCGGUAAAGCCACGUGGCUCGCGCAAUGUGAGCCUGUUGCGACGCGUUUCUUCCUUCUGAUCCUGCCAUUGUAUCUGUUGGUCCGCAACGAACAGGCCUCAGAGAUAAGCCGUGUGCUUCGCACGUUCCCUGGCCUCCCUGACGGUUCCUCCGCCCGGUGAGGCCUGAGCAAGGCGGCCGGCUGACCCCCCCGCACCCCGGCCACGCCGCUCUCUUCCGCGACGGCGUCCUGCGACGGGUGAGGCCCAGGACGGACACGCCUGGGUCAGGCACCGCCUUAUCCUGGGGCUUCGCCAGCGAAACUGACAGCGCUUAUCCACGGAGUCAUUCCGAAGCUGGCUCCCAGAGAACGCGUUUCCGGUUUAUAAAUCGCCCUUUAUGCUCACGUGGCAUUAAUAAUUGUCUUUGAUGAUGUGUUUAGAGUAUCAGAAGACAAAGAGGCCAUACUUUCUGGGAAAUUUCAAAGGCAGAAGUCAUUUUUAAUGAAAAAAAAAAGCUAAAUAAGAAUUUUGAGAAAAGGUUUGGGAUGUAUGUUGCUAUAGAAUUUCCGUAGUUAACAGGUUUUAUGGAUAUAAAUAUGACGACUGCCCUUCUUAGGGGCUAUUAACUCAAGACCUGCCAGCAGCCUGGCCGCUUUGAUUUUCGUCUCAUUGGAUCCCGAGUGGCCCAGGCAAGGGCCUCAGGCUGGCCAUGUCCUUCCCCUUCCUGGCCAGACACCUCCCGUGGCUGCUUUUUUU